GUCACUUAAUGGCGCCCAAGUACCAGCCUUUAACUUGUAGCUUGGGAAGUACCGAACAGCGCGUUGGAUCCUCGACAUUAAACACAUCUGCAGCGUUUAAGGAGUGAAAAACGUUAGUCUUCGGUCGCCUGGAGUCUGCAGUGUGUCAGGUUCGCCAUGCUAGAGGACGAUGAUUUGAUGCCGGGUUUGAUAUCACAGCAGAUCCGUAGGAGCAGCGGUGAUGAGUUUGUUCCUCCUGAUGGACUCUGCUGGAUCUCUGUACUGUCCUGUUUACUGCUCGCGUGCUCCUAUGUUGGAAGUUUAUACGUCUGGAAAAGUGACUUACCAAGGGACCAUCCAUCAGUGAUAAAGAGGCGUUUCACUAGUGUGCUGAUUGUGUCAGCUUUGUCUCCACUCUUUGUGUGGGGAUGGAAAGAGUUCACAGGCAUUCAGCCUACUCCAUCCUUAUUAGCUCUCAUGGGAAUCCGAUUCGAGGGCCUCAUUCCAGCGGUCAUUCUUCCCCUCAUACUGACCAUGGUACUGUUUCUGGGCCCUCUUAUCCAGUUAGCCAUGGACUGCCCCUGGGGCUUUAUUGAUGGAAUCAAAGUGGCUGUUGAUCCACGCUUCUGGGCGUUAUGUCUGAGUGACAUGCGCUGGCUGAGGAAUCAGGUGGUGGCUCCGCUAACCGAGGAGUUAGUGUUCCGUGCCUGUAUGGUACCCAUGCUGGUGCCCUGUGCUGGACCCUCAACUGCCAUCUUCACAUGCCCACUUUUCUUCGGUGUAGCACAUUUUCACCACGUGAUUGAGCUCCUGCGCUUCAGACAAGGGACCAUCUCAGGAAUUUUUCUUUCUGCAGUGUUCCAGUUCUCAUACACAGCAGUAUUUGGAGCUUACACUGCCUUUAUAUUUCUCAGAACAGGUCACUUGGUAGGCCCUGUGCUGUGUCACUCAUUCUGUAACUACAUGGGCUUUCCUGCAUUGAGUUCAGCACUGGAACAUCCACAUCGCCUUACUGUUUUGUCCUUCUAUGUGCUGGGAGUUUUGCUCUUCCUGCUCUUCCUCUUCCCCAUGACUGACCCACUCUUCUACGGCUGGCCCACCCCCGUCUGCACUCUUGCCUCCUCACUCGGCUCCCUCUGCUCCUAAUUUUCCACAUUCCACAUUGUUCUGCUCUUCUUCAGGACGCGUGCCCUUUCGCACCUAACAGGUCACCUGUGUCACCAGGAUGUGCAGUGUAAAGAGGAUUACAAGGGCCCCAUGAAAAAAGGUAUGAAAACUCCCACACUGUGUCUGUGGGCAUGAAGUCUGUGUACUCACCAGAUCACCAGAAUUGCUCUUCCUGCAUGGAUCGGGCCAAUAAUGUCAAUAAGUCAGACUCUGGAAGAGUUUUGAGAAGACGGGUAUUUAUACAUUGCUGCAUGUUCAUUGCGUUUAUAUGAUAAUAUAUUUGAAUCUGGGUUUAUUUGGAUAUAGUGUUUUUAUUAUUUUUUUGUUCCACUAAGAAGGGUUCAACACUGUAUGUUGUAUCACCACCGGGGAAUGGAUGACUUCUUUUUGUUUUUGAAUUCUCUUUGCUCAAAUUAACAUAUGCUGCUUUGUCCGGUGCUAGUACUUGAAGUACAAUGAUUAGAUCUGCCCUGAAACCUUUAGUUUUACUCAAAUAUUUAAAAUAUCCCAUAUAGCAGGAUUUCGCUCAAGUUAAAUCUAGGGUUGUAAUUUGAAAAAUUUAUUUUAAGUCUUCUAUAUCACUUAGAUAAUAAGGCACAGCUUUAUGGCUCGAUAUAUGUGUAACUGACCUCAUGCCAGUCAGCUUAUGCCAUUUAAUUAUAGAUCAAUGCACAAAGGAAAGCUCUGCAUAGAGUCAAAGCUAGCGUGUCUGUUUUUGUUACUUCAGACAGAUAUUUAUAAAUAUAAAUAUCUAUACCAGCUUUAUAAAAUUGCUAGUUAUAUAUUUGACUGUGCUUCUAUGAAGUCUGGAUAACCAUUAGGGGUGGUGUGAAACACCUGGAAACCUCCUUGUUCACAUGGGCAUUCAUGCCAAGCCUUUCCAGCAACGUCAAAUUAUAAUGUAUGACAUUUUUUUUUCAUAAUAAAGCCUUCUUACGCUGGAACCUUCCCACUGAGCUGGUGCUGGUUCCAAACAAGGAACCCUGCUGGUUAUCCGUGUUUCAUAAAACCACAGUUAGAUGCGUAACUACCAUUUUAUUUCACCACUUCUGACAGCCAAGGGUGCUGUGAAACACCUGGAUAGCCUAUGCCAUAUAUAACAAUAUCAUGAUAGAGCGAAUAGUGACACCCAGGUAGCAGCAGUACGGACUUUUUGGCACAUCUCUUAAUAAUAUCUAUUGAGGAGGCGUUCCUUAUAGAGUCGUAUAUCAUCUUAUGGUUGCCCAGACCCUCCUAUGGAAUUGAUUUUGAUACCACCCAGCCCAGACAAGGGAGCCUCUCUGUUAUAACAAAUAAAUAUUGUUUGAGGAUCGGAUGAUUGGCAUCUAAAUGAAACCCUACUGAGAAGCCAUCUUUUGUUCAUAGUGAGGUGAGGCCAGUUGUGGGCCAGUAUAUCUGAUUGGGCUCUGGCUCUGCCAGGUAGAACCACAACCAACCAUGUGUUGACUUGGAAUCAGCAAAGUGGAUUCCCUGCAGCUUGUCACACCUUUCCGGGGGAACCAAAUCUGGGCUAUCACUUUUGGGUGCAGAUGUACAGGCUGUCUUGACAGUGUGUCCACUUCACCAGCAUUGGCAGAUGAGUUGUCAUCAGUGAGGCCAGGCAGAUUUUACGCAAGAUUGGGAGAGCUGCUCAACCCCUUGAAACCUUGAUGGCUUAUACUCUUGACCAUCCCAACAUUGUCUGAACGGACCAACAUAUGACAUUGUCUCAGAACCAGCAUGACGAUUUUGAGGCCCGGAUGGAUCACAGUUCCGGCUGGUUGAUGUGUUUGUUGACGUUACGCCAGGGGGCCACAUGCCCCCUAUUAUCCUGUGGCAUAACAUCGCUACCAGUCUGUAAGUGAAACAACUGUGCUGAAUACCUCUCUCCAGUGGUGCACCACCCCAUGUGGUCAACUUCUUCUAGAAAUGCCCUUUGGCACCAGCAUGCAAAUGCUUCAGUUCCUUUCUCUGAGACAAGGAUAUGUUUGUCCGUGGUGAUUUGUUCUAGCCGUUGGCUGAUAACCCAGUUGCACUCCAGGGGCAAGGGGUCACUUUUCACAGAUCCACAGACGUGAACUAGUCUUGUGGCUGUAUGGCCUGAAGUCAUAAAGCUUGUCAUGCUUUUCAAAAAGGGGCUUUCUUUAUUAACUGGAAAUGCCAUUUGUAUCCUAGUGACAUAAGCAUCAAGAUUGGUCUGAUGUAGUUCGUGUCCAAUGAGCAAUAUUUUUAGCUAUAAAGCAUCACAUCGCCAGUCCCUGCAUUUCAGGUGUGUGCUCCACAAGUCUCUUUGGUGAGGGUGCAUGGGAUAGAUGAGGGGCACUUGGAUCUUCCUGCCUAAGGUUGGUGGGUGACAGAGGAUUCCUUUUUGGGCAUUGGAACACCUGCCACCAAAAAAGGAAGGCACAGGCUUCGUAAUCUUGAAAUCAAGUACGGCCACAUGGGUUAUUUGUGUGGCAUGCAUGAGGAGGUGGUUCACAUCACCCCUGCAGGUUAGGAGGGGUGAAAUGGAACCACUUUAUGCACAACUACACCGAUUGCUUUUACAUGUUGUACAUAAGGAAAAGUAUAUUUUAUUGGUGUGAUCCUUAACCUGUAAUAGUGAGUGUACACAAGGUUUUGAUGCUCAAGCCAUUGAAAUGACAAAGAAAUAACACAAUUACAGUGUCAUAUGCCACAUGUAUGGUCAUAGAAAAACAUAGGCCAGUAUUUCUUUUCUAACAAAUGAGUCAUCUUUGUCAUUCUGGUGGAACGCAGAAUAAAGUGUUUUAUUGUUUUGUGCAUGAUUGAAGAUGGAGGAAUCUCAUGUAAGCUGUUCUUCAUUAUGAAAUUUCACUCUGACCACUACUCUGCAUGCUGCUACUCUGCUAGCCUGUGGAUUUUGGAGCUGUACUGAAACUGACUCACAUCAUUUGAUAUUGGCAUGAAAUUGAUCUGAUGCAGAAACUGAUUAACUUGUCAUAUGGUUUGUAGCUCAGCAUGGAAAGGGGCAGACUGGCGAAGCACAUUUGUUCGGAUCAUAUGGGUAAUGCUGAUAUUUUGCCUACAUGUAAAAUCUCACCAGGAAUCAGUCUGUUCUUAGUUGGUUUUUUUGUUUUUUGUUUUUUUUUAAUCCAACAGAUUUUUAAUUGUUACAUUUGGAAAGAACUGAAUCAUUGUCUGAACUUGCCCAUGCUUAUUUAUUUCCUAGAAAUUCACAAAAAUCACUUGUUCAAAUAGGUGCUAUAAUUUUGUUAGGCUAUUAUUAUGCUGUGAAGUGUGUAGUUAUUACUGCUGUGUAUGUCAAACUAUUCAAAUGAAACUUCUAGCAAUAAUAAUAGCUGUGACCAAAUCAGGGAUUUACAUGUAAUUCAGCUCCAUAUUUAGCCUUUAUUAGCUACUGCUGGAUCAUUUUCAUGAAAUGUGUCAUAGUUAAUUUGAUUAAAUAGUUAAAGCUUGGCUUGACAGCUUAAAAGUUUGAUCUAUGUAUCAUUAAGACCUGACAUGUUUACAUGUGGAGAAGGUUGCUUGAAAAUGCUGCUCUACAGUUUGCUGGAUAAUUGCUUUUCUGAUGGUAUCGGGUCAAAUGCAGCUUUUGCGCUACUACGCUUUUUUUUCUUUUCUUUUUUUUUUGUAGGCCUCAGUCAUCAGAGUUGUAUCACAUAGUGCAUUUUAUUUGUAUUUGAACAGAGCCAUCAUUGAUGCUAAUGUUACCUCCUAGAGUAAAGAAAUAAGGCUAAUUGUAAACAGACAACUAGGAGUUUGGGGGGAGGGGGCAAAAUUUAUACAAGUCUGUCUUAAACCUAAAGUAUUGUUUACUAAAAAGGGUUCUAAAAUAUACUAAAAUGAACAGGGGAAGAAGAAGCAUGUCACACCAAUGACUGAUUACCUGUGGAACUGAAUUGUUUCAGUACUUUUGUCUAUGCUCAGCGUGUAUCAGGCAUGGUCUCUUGUAGCAUAAUCUUAAACUCUCCUUAGUGUUGGAAAACCUACUGUUCUUUAACUAAUGUAGCUUUCUGGGGUGGGACCUUUCUGAUCUUCUGUUCAAAACAGUUCCUGUUGCAUAGUCUCAAAUCGAUUAUAAUACUUUGUUUGAAAAGUAUAUUGUUUUCUUACAUUAAUGUCCUCUGCUCAUUUGCUAUCUGGAUGUUUUUUGUUUGUUUGUUUGUUUGUUUGUUUGUUUUUUAAUUUCUUUUUUUCUUGUUACACUUUUAAAAAGUGAUUUGCAAGCUGGAUAUUUACAUCAGAAGAUUUGAAUCUUCACCUGAGCAAAGAUGCUUUUAAUAUACACCCACGGACAGGAGGAGCAAUAGACGUUAGAAGUUUAUUUUUUCAAAUACACACUGCUCCGUUCUAUUUCAGUAGGAUAACAGUAAGCAGGGUUUGGAUUGAGGAACACUGCUACACAAAUGUGCUGUUUUAUAACAAUUAUCAAUGGUUCAGAUGUUUAUAUUGAGGACUAUAUUUUAUAAUCAAAUGUAUUUUGGUGUCAAAGGAGGGGUAAUGUACAUGCAAGAUGUUUUUGACCAAUGACACGUGCAAUGCAGUUAACACACUGAAGGACAAAAAUAUUUUUUGACAAUCUUUUGGGGGUCUUUCAAAUCAUUCAUCAAAAACUGUUGUUUGCAAAUAAACCUAAUUUUAUAAAACA